CCAGAUCCACCAUGUCCUGCAAUUGCAGCAGACCACCAUAUGGGGCACUCCUUGGACUUGGUUACCACCCUCAGGAGCGAAUUGGCAGCAUCCACGUACAAAAGGGAUCGACUUCUGGGGGAUCUUUCGGAGACAAAGAGCGCCCUGUGCGCCAAGGAGAGUGAAUGUGAAUCCUUAAGGGCUCAAACUGCCAGACAAUCCGCAAUGAUUGGAUCCCUUCAGGCUCGCCUUCAGGCUUCAGAGACAAGGGAGAGGAAUGCCCAGACCCGCAAUGAAACCACCGUGUCCACAUUCCAGCGCGACAAGAGAUGCCUGGAGGAUAAAGUAAAGGAGCUCUGUGCAAAGCUUCGUCGUGUUGAGUGUGACCUCAGUGCUGAGGAGUCACAAAAGGAUCAGAUUAAAGGACAAUUUCAUGAUCUCCUCCGUCGUCUCUGCCUCUGCUUGGGUAUUGAUGUGUGCGACAAUACAAUCCUCUCUCCAGACGUUGUCCUCACGAAAGCUGGUGAGAUUGUAACUGAACUCCAACGCCUCCGGACAAAGGUCACAGCCACUUGUGAAACCCUCACAAAUACCGAAUCUGAGCUUCUUGCUGUUAAAAAUACCACCACCUCUGAGAGGCAGAGAAUGCAAUCCCAAGUGGAUGCUCUGAAAUCCCUGACGGAAGAUUUGGAAUCCCGGAAUAGGCAGCUUGAGAAGGAACUUCACAUGACCCGGGAUAGGUUGACAGACAAUGAGCUCUGUGGGGAUAAAUUGCGAGAGGAAUUGAGGGGCUUUGAGUCUCGCUGUGGGCGUUUGCAGAAUAAUCUCGAGCGCUUCCAGCACGACCGGCUGCAAUUCCUCAAACACGUGGCGAAUGUUAUUGGUGUGCCGGAACCCUGUGAGACGCUAAUCAAGGAUAAGCUGAAGGAUAUUGUUGGGCACAAUCAGCAGCUUCAUGUGCAAGUUGAGAAUUUGCGGGAACAAAUCUCAAUGGAGGGUACGCGUCAUCGUGAAGCUGAGGAGACAACCACAUGCCGUCUGAGGGCAGAAGAGGCUCAGAGAUGUUCCAUUGAGGAACGCCUGGAGAAGGCUCACGCGGAUUUGCAAGCAAUGCGGGCGGAACACACCUGCCUAGCUGACUACCUGGUUCGUCUUGCCAGGGCUAUGUGCUGGAGUGAGUGCACAGAACCACCAGCUCAUGGGAAUGAUACCCACAUCAUGGCUGAGAGCCUCCUGGAGCGUGCUGAGAGAAAUGCAAUUUUCUUUGAGAAUCACGGUGGCUCGCACGGGGAUAAGCAUGCAUUUUGGGAUCAUCAUUCACACAAUCAUAAUCACUUGCCGAAGCUGAGACGUGAGAGAUCAUGCCACGAUAUUCCGCUGAAGGAAAGCUCAGUAAUUUAUACUCUCCAGCGCCGUGUCAGGGUUCUACGGGAGCAAGUUCAGCGAAGGGAUUUGCAUUUGGAAUUACUGAGGAGGAAGAUUGCCCUGCUGGAGGAUGGAGCCCGUGCAAAGGCAAUCCUGCAAACGGAACGAGAUGAAGCAAUCCAUCGUGCACGUAGAAGCACGAAGAAUGCUGAGAAGAAUUUCCAGCAACUCCUGGAAGUUAAAGCUCAACUGGCAGAGGUGAAAGCUCAACUUUCGGAAGCUGCAGACUUCAAGAUAACAGCCCUGGAGCGUUCACGGAAAAUUGAUGAGCUCCAGGCGCGUCUUCAUGAUCUCGAGAGUGAAAAGUGUAAGCUGCAGAAUCAGAUUUCAAACUACAAGACCCGCGCAAGGUCAGCAGUUGAGUCCUCAAAUGAGAGGCGCUGCCGGGAUGAGCAAGUAAUCACGAAUCUCCGUGAAGAGUUAACGAGAAUUAAAACAUCCCUUGCUGAUUGCAAUCAUCGCUUGCAGCAACUUCAAGCUUUCAGAAGCUCAGUGGCGAGGCUCAUGCACAUGAGAGAUUUGCCAGAAGCUGACCUCCUGCAGCGUCUUCAGACGCUCUGCAGUGCCCACCAGGAAUUUACUCUCCUUUCGCGACGAUAUGAGUCAGCAUCCCCCCUUCCUGACCACCCUUGUCCACGUUUCGAUCACGACAUUCUCCCUCCACCUGGCCACUGUCGCCCCAUCUCAAGCGCCAGUCCUCAUCAUCACAUUGGGCGAUUUGAUGAUUUCCACGAUGAGCAUUUUGAUGAUGAAUUCGACUUCGCCAAGAAAUAUUGAGGAAAAAGCGCGCGAAUGGAGGGUUUCAGUCUCAACUUGUAGCUGUUGAGGGGAUUCUUUUGGCGCGAAAAUGCUCUGCUCGGACUUUGGAGGUUUCUUAUAGCGCUUUAAUUUUUUUUCUAUGAAAUUAUGUAAAAUUCUGUGUUUAGUUCUAAAAGAAUUACAAAUAAAUCGACAAAAUAUUCAUCCCCAUAUUUAGGGGGUAUUCAAUUUAAAACUCCAUCCCAGAGAUUCUUGGUAGGAAUUUAAGUUUUUAAUUUAAAAAAUAAUGGAAUUGAACACUUUUUUUUGUAAUUAAUUUAAUAAAAAAAAUGUAAUUAUCAAUGGAAUAAAUUUUAAUUGAUUUAUUAUUCAUAACUGUUAAUAACUAAAUUU